ACAUGGAGGCCGUUCCUCGGAUGCCGAUGAUCUGGCUGGAUUUGAAGGAAGCUGGGGAGUUCUCCUUUGCGACGGCUGUCAGACAGUACAUUUUGAAGCAUUAUGGAGAAAAUCCUUCCAACUACAGUGAGGAAUUAAAGAAGCUUGAACAACUCAGACAGAGUGCUGUGAAUGUUACAAGAGACUUUGAAGGAUGCAGUACACUGAGGAAGUACUUUGGACAGCUUCAUUAUCUGCAGAGUCGCAUUCCUAUGGGGUCAGGAGAGGAAGCAGCAGUUCCAGUUACAUGGACUGAAAUCUUUUCUGGCAAGGCAGUAACGGUUGAUGAGAUUUGCUAUGAGCAGGCCUGCAUUCUUUAUAAUUUGGGAGCCCUCCACUCGAUGCUUGGAGCUGUGGAUAACAGAGUUACCGAGGAGGGCAUGAAGGUUUCCUGUACACACUUCCAGUGCUCAGCGGGUGCUUUUACCUACUUGCGAGAUCACUUCAGUCACUCAUUCAGUGUAGACAUGAGCCACCAGAUUCUCAACCUUAACAUCAAUCUUAUGCUGGGACAAGCUCAGGAGUGUCUUUUGGAAAAAUCCAUGUUGGACAACAGAAAAAGUUUUCUUGUAGCAAGAAUCAGUGCUCAAGUGGUUGAUUAUUAUAAGGAAGCUUGUCGUGCACUGGAAAAUUCUGAGACAGCUUCACUUAUAGGAAAAUUUCAGAAAGACUGGAAGAAGCUGGUUCAGAUGAAGAUUUAUUACUAUGCAGCAGUUGCACAUCUUCAUAUGGGCAAGCAAUCAGAGGAACAACAGAAAUAUGGAGAAAGGCUUGCUUACUUUCAAAGUUCAUUAGAUAAGUUGAAUGAAGCAAUCAAGUAUGCAAAGGGGCAGCCAGAGACCGUACAAGAAGCAUUGAAAUUUACUAUGGAUGUAAUUGGAGGAAAGUACACUGCUGCCAAGAAGGAUAAUGACUUCAUCUACCAUGAGGCUGUCCCUCCCAUUGAUUCAUUGACAUCUGUGAAAGGAGCAUCUCUGGUAAAAGCCCUUCCUGUUAACCCAACUGAUCCAAAUGUGACUGGUCCUGAUAUCUUUGCAAAAUUGGUACCAAUUGAAGCUCAUGAGGCCUCGUCUCUGUACAGUGAAGAGAAAGCAAAAUUAUUGCGUGAAGUCGUUGAUAAAAUAGACACCAAGAAUGAAGUCUUAGUGCAGUUCAUGGAUUCUCUGAGGAUUGAUCCAGAUUCGAUUGAUAAUUUAGACAUGUAUAAUCACAUUCCUCCAGUCCUGAUGGAAAAGUGUGCAGCGCUGAGUGUCCGACCAGAUACUGUGAAAAGUUUGGUUCAAUCUAUGCAAAUUCUGUCUGGACUCUACACUGAUGUGGAAGCGUCAUUAAGAGAAUUGAAGGAACUUAUAGACCAGGAUGAAUUAAUGGAGAAGAAAUUUCAAGAGGUGACUGGGAAAACGAUCCAGCAAGGCAAAACAUUGGAACUCAGCAAAGAAUGGUCCAAAUACAUGGAAGUGCAUGAGAAAGCUAGCUUCACCAAUACUGAGCUGCACAAAGCAAUGAACUUGCACAUUAGUAACUUGCGGCUGCUAAGUGGGCCCUUAGAAGAUCUUCGUGCUGCUCUUCCAAGCCCUCUUGUUUCAGAUGAGGAAAAGGCUACACUGCAGAACAUGAAACGUAUUUUAUUGAAGGUUGGAGAAAUGAAAGACCAGCGCUCAUCACUUUUACAGCAGCUCAGAGAUGCCAUUCAAAAGGAUGAUAUUACUACAACCCUAGUUACAACAGACCAUUCAGAAAUGAAGAAGCUCUUUGAAGAACAACUGAAGAAAUAUGACCAGCUGAGAGUUUACAUUGAUCAAAACCUCGCUGCCCAAGAAAAUAUCUUGAAGGCUUUGACAGACGCUAAUGUUAAGUAUGCCACAGUUAGGAAAUCUCUCGCCGAAGCAGAACAGAAGUGGAACGUUACUAUUCAGAUGCUUGUAGCAUCAUUUGAGGCUUAUGAAGACCUGAUGAAGAAGUCCCAAGAAGGAAAAGAAUUUUAUGCAGAUUUGGAAAGCAAAGUAACCCGGCUACUGGAUAAAACAAAGGACGUUUGUAAAUCUCAGGAAGAACAAAGACAAGUGGUGUUGGAACAGGAAAUUAAAAAGAAGCCACCACCAAGGCCUACAGCACCAAAACCUUUACAAAAACCUUCUGAUGCAGAACUUGAAUCUUUGUCGAGUAUUGAAGAUUUAGAUAUGCAAGCAUUUAAUGCAGCACUCACUUUCAGUGAUCUACCCAAUGAAUUGAAGAGCCUACCACCAAACACUUUGGCUUCACACAUUAAUGGAAUGUCUGUAGAUGGCAUUGGACCAUAUCCUAUGGAUCCUGCAGGUUUCCCAAGGAUAAAACAUGCAGCUCCAGAGGUUUUCUUUGCUGCUAGGACUACUAAUCCACCACUACAACCACCAUUACCCAGUCAACGGUUUCCACCAGCUACAUCAGUAUCAGGCCACAUGCAUCCUUAUUUUCAUGGGGGAGCAGUUCCACAGCCAUGCUCAGUUGGUGGUAUAGCCCAACCACCUUAUGUAGGAAUUAGUCAUUCAGGGCCUCCUUCAGUCAGUGGUACAUCUGGUGUACCUCCUCAUGGCAUGGGUUCAUCUGUCUCCUGCCCUGUCCUCCCUCAACACAUCUCUGCCUCUUCACCACCACCACCACCAGUCUUUCCUGCUGUGUCCAGAACUAGAGAUCCCAAUCCUGGUCAGCCUCAGUUCACAUCUGGCCAUUUGCCUCCAAGGGGGACUUCACCACAACACAUGCCAAAUUCCAUUUCUGCUCCUUCAGUGGGUCAUCCUUAUAGUACUGCUGGUCCUUAUGGAAUGGGGCAACAGGUUUCUUCAACUGUACCAGUUAACACUGGUCUGCACACGCCUGCUCCACCAGUUGAGCCUAUGCUUGCUCAUCCUGGACAAUUUUGUAGUCAGAUGCCUGGAGCUAACACAGUCCCUCAAUCAAAUGUAGGAAUUAGACCUUCAACCACAACGGUAGAUAGCAUACAGACUCCAAUUUCUAGCUUCACACCGGAUCCUCAAUUAGUGACAGGGCAGAUGAAUAGGCAGCCAGUCUAUGAAACAACAAUGAAACAACUCCACACUGUUUCAGCUGGAGUUCCUCCUGUACCUGCAAUGAAUGCUGUUGGUCAGUAUCCAUACCAAUCCGGUGGCCAACUGUCCCAUUUUACUAAUGUGCCACCAUUUGUUGAUCCUGUCCAGGGACCACAGCGUGUGUUUCAACACCCGCCACAGGUGCAUCCAGAUCAUCAACUGCAAAUUCGGCCUCAAAUGCCAACUCAACAGCCUUACCCAUCACAGUUCUUUCCUCAGACUAGGCCACAGUUCCAGCCUCAGACAAGACCUCAAAAUCCAGCACAGAUCCCAUCCCAUCCUCGAGUACCAAUGCCAGCUCAGCCUCGGCUUCAGAUGCAACCUCAGUUAAGACCGCACCUCUAUCAACAUCCUCCUCAAGAUAAAAUUGCUCAGUCUGGUGUUCCCACUCAUCCAGGCAAUGCCGUUUUUCCAGCAAAUUCAGGUAGCGUGCAGCAACCGAGACAGACUGUUCCUGCUGCAGUGGUUCCACAAGUUCAGCCAUGCCAUGCUCUACCACCUGCCACAGACACACAGCCAGUGACUUUGCUUCCUGCAUCAUCAGCUCAAGGGCUCCCAGGUGUGCCAUUUGCACCUGUCCCACCUCAUCUUCAUUCGGGAUUGCCACCAGCACUUCUACAAAACCAUAUUGGAGCACCACAGCCCAUUUCGAGUGGACAUCUUUCUUCUCAUCCAGUCCAGCCUACAUCCAGUGCAGCUGUUGGCCAAAUGCAAUCCAGCACAUUUGGACCUGGAUCUCCAUUGCCUCCUCCAGCAUCCCCCUCCCCAAAGCCUGCACAAGGACAGGUCAGUACUCUGCCUGCAGCAAUGCAGCCCACACCAAUGCCUGGGUCUACUGUCAUGCAACAGAGGCCACCACAAUCUUUUACACCUGGUGCACCUACAGCAACCCAACCUGUCUCAGAAGUACCUUUCCAGAGACAAAACUCUUUAACUGAUGACCUUCUGUCAUCUAGUCCUGACAGUCAGCAUGGAGGGCCUCAAACAACUGUGACUCAGCCACUUCUUCUGCCGACUAAAGCUGAUGCAAAGGAAGGGCAGAAGCCAAAGGGAAUACAAAUCAUUGAGAAAGAUCCUUAUGAGAAGCCUGAGCAUGUGAAAAUGUUGCUGAGUGAGUUGGAAAACUUUAAAGUCAUUAUUGAUUCAUUGGAUAGGCCAUCAUUUGGAACUUUGACUGAACUAGACUGUAAGUGGAAAGAUUUGCAGGAUGCUCAAGAGAAAGAUGCCCGACAAUUGUCUAUUGCCAUUGCCCGUUGCUAUACCAUGAAAAACCGUCAUCAGGAUAUCAUGCCUUAUGAUAAAAAUAGAAUUAUAAUCCAGUCUGGAAAAGAUGACUAUAUAAAUGCAAGCAUGAUUGAGGACUUGUCAUCUUACUGUCCGAGAAUCAUAGCUACCCAGGCGCCUCUGGUGGGAACUGCAUCGGAUUUCUGGCUAAUGAUUUAUGAACAGAAAGUGUCUCUGAUAGUUAUGCUCGUCUCUGAACAAGAAGUAGAGAAGCAAAAGGUAGUCCGUUACUUCCCUGCAGAAAGAGGCCAACAGAUAGUGCAUGGGCCCAUUACUUUGACGUUGACCACACAGAAAAUAACACAAACUCAUGUGGAGCGAAUGAUUGGACUGCAAUACAAAGACCAGAGUCUGAAACGGACAGUCAUUCACCUGCAGUUUACCUCGUGGCCUGAGCUGGGGUUGCCUGACAGUAAGAGUCACUUGCUGCGUUUUAUUCAGGAAGUGCAUGGGCAUUAUCUGCACCAGCGUCCACUACAUACCCCUGUUGUUGUCCACUGCAGUUCGGGAGUCAGAAGAACUGGUGCUUUCUGUCUCGUCUAUGCAGCGAUACAGGAGGUAGAGGCCGGCAAUGGAAUCCCUGACUUGUCUCGGAUUGUGAGGAAAAUGAGGCAGCAGAGGAAACACAUGCUACAAGAAAAGCUCCACUUGAAGUUCUGUUACGAAACCAUUCUCAAGCAUGUGGAGCAGGUUCUACUGAGGCAUGGAGUUACCACCAACCUUUCCACCAAAGCACCCAGCAGUUCAUCUCAAAAGAUUUAUUCCCGCCAGGAGUCGCAGGACUUGGUACUGGGAGGCGAUUUGCCAAUUAGUUCCAUCCAAGCAACAAUUGCAAAACUUAGUAUCAAGGCAUCUGCAGGGACCAUCGGGGACAGCAAACCAAACUUAAUGCCUUCACUUGACUCAAGUUUCAGUGUGUGGCCUAAUUCGCAAUCUGAAGGUUUGCCAGUAUCUGCGGAUAAUUUGCUCCAGCAGGAUGUGAUAGUUGAGGUUCCUAGUUCAGUGCCAGAAUUGGCCGCACCAUCACAGACAUCAACAUUAACUCUACCUCUGGUCACAGAAGCUAACAGGGUAAUUUUGGACAAUUGUGUUUCAACCCAGGCACUUGAUAAAAUCAACAUAGGUCCAGGGAAUCACUCAGUUACCACUCAACCAUGUAUUACCAACCACAUCACAGAAGCAGAGAACAAGGCUUCAUCCCUGGAUCUUCUGGCUUCCUUGACUGCAGAGGCCUUCACUCUGGACACCAACCCACGGAACAGGCAGAAAAUCAGCAAGCAUAGCUUCUUUCAACCCCAGGAUGGCCAAGGCCUUCAGGCCACUCAAACAGGCGAGGAUCCCCUGAGCCUUCUGGAUCCACUCUGGACUCUAAAUAAAACGUGAUGUAUUGGUCAAAGACUAAUUUCUAAUCGAAUGGUCAUCCACCAUUACUGGAAUAAUUGAGACAUGGUUUUGUCUACAAGAUGAAACUGGAUCAGCCUUCAUUGCAGUGUCAGCAACACAGAGCUAGAGUGUAAUCCAGUUUGUUCUACAUAACAGAAAAAGCAGCAUCCAAUCUUAUAUAAUAUAUAACUCCUAUAUGUAUAAAAAGUUAGGAAUUGCCUUUUCCCUACCAUUAAUGCAAAUAGUAGUAAAUUAUUGUCUACACACGGUUAUAUUUAACCACUGUCUUACUACAAUUAGGACAAAAAAUUAUAUUUCCAAGUAUCUAUAAUGUGUAAUUAAUGCUGAAGAAUUUUGGUCUGUUGCGAUUUGUUUCAAUCUGCAUCAGAUGUUUUUUGGAAAUCUUGCAUGACGAUUUGUUUAAUUUUAGGGAUUCAUAAAAAUCAAUAUUCUGGAAAAUUAUCAUCCCCUUUUUGUUUUGCUGUUGAUAAGUCUGGUCAUGCUUCAUCCCUGCUGCUUGUUUUUUCUGUCAUUUGUAAAAGAAUUUUGAAGCAUGUUUUCCCCAGAAACUUCUAGAUAAAAUCUUUCAAAGCCUCUUUCCCCUGAACAUCUUAAAUGCCAUCUAUAUGUGCCUAUUCUGGUUUUCCUGUUCUCUGUAGUUAAUAUCAUUCUCUUCAUGCCUUUGGGCUCUGAUGCAACUCCUUGGGGUUUUGUCUGUUUGUUCAGUAUCUUGCCUGCGAUGUUUGCCCUUUAUGUCAAGCCUGGAUAGGGAAGGCCUGUGGUUGACUUGAAAACAGGUCGGUGUUAGGUUCUGACUCUGCUGUAGAUUUCCUUCCCAGCUGAUGAUCAAUUUCAAAGAUCAUGACCCUGGAUCAAUGAUUGUGCUUGGUUCCUUCUGUUGGGGGCUGACCUAUAUCUACAGCACCUCAAAUGUACCAAUUUUAGUUCAACCUCAAGUGUUCUUGCACGGUGAGUUACAGCAUGUUUAUAGAAGUCCACCUGUGAUUUCAUCAGUAUUAACAGUCUGGACCAAGCAGCAGGCAAAACCUCUGUAGCUAAGCAGAGAGAUUAGUUUUAUUGAGAUGAAUGGACUGUCUAUUUAUUCUUUAUUGAUAUCUGACCAGUAAGCCUGUUGUAAACGUCCACAGAUAAUGUGAUGCUUGUUGCUGCCAUGGGUCUGGAGCCAGGUUAAACCUAUUUGGAUAGUUGUAACUGAUUUGUUGAAGAGAUAAAAUACUAAAAACGUAAGGUUGUACAGAAAUUAAGACAAUGGUGAUAUAUUGACCCCUUUCUACUAGAUACACCCUUUGUAGCAUUUUCAGUAUCAUACAUACCAACAAUCUUAGCUCCAAGGCAAUUUGAGGCUCUUGUACUUAGCAAUUAAACUUAAGAAACAAGGCCAUCACUGACCUUUUUUAAAAAAAAAAUAAAAACUUAUUUAUUAAUAAUCCAGUUAAAGGAAUCUGGACUUAUUGUAAGUCCAAGGUUUGGAAAGUAACAGCUUGUUAACGUAAUUUGGAAUAUGUUUAGAAAAAGUUCUAACGUAAUUCUAAGUUAUGUCAUCUUGCAAUUAAAAAUAUUCUGGGAUGCUUCAUUAAGAAUUAAAUAAUAUAUGUUUAAUCACUGGCAAUAACAAUAUUAAUAUUUUUGCCCACAAUUUUAACUGGAAGAUUCUAAUCAUCACUAUUCAUGCUGUGUUCUUACAGAAUCUGUACAGCCCAUCUAAGAAUUUCUCACAAAGGAUUGCAUACUGCCAUUCAUGGUGACUUAAAGCAAUCUUGAAGGGAUACUGCACUCUGAUCAGUGGAAGCACUGCUUCCCUCCAGUCCAGUUAGUUCUAUUCCAUUACCAUCUCUGCUAUUACAAAUCUGUAAUUAACAAUUUUAUUACACCAGUUACAACCCCAACACGGACUCUCUCAAAGUGCUUUCCAAAGCCUUAAAAAGGCCUCAUUACAAAUAUUGUAUCUGAGAAAAAACUUAAAAAAAACUAAAACUAAGUUUCUGUAGAAAUCUUCCCUGCUAGGAUUCAUACUUACUGCAGGACCAUUAUCUUUUUUUAAAAAAACCCUUCAAAAUUGGUCUAAAUCCAGGGCCUCUAAAGUGUCCCAAGUUUCAAAAUUCAAUGAAAACAUUAAAUCAGAGGACAGACUAUAUUUUAAAAAAAAAAGGUCAAACAUCGUCAAAAAUUGUUGACUUUAUCAGGGCUAAAUCCUUUACUUGCAUUCUCACUUUACAUCUAAUAUUUUAAUAUCACAUUAUCACCCAACUAAUAUUUCACAUCCCUGAAUAACACUGGGAACUAAGAUUUUUAAUUAAAAUGAAGUCAGCGUUGUUUGUUUCCAAGGUUAUAGCCAGCCUAAAUGGAGUUAUGGUGACCUCUUGGGAGGGGGUGGGGGGGUCUUUAUUUUCAUGCAACUUGCGCAUGAAUGUUCCAUUGAGAAGUAUGUGCCUUACCAUAAGGCUGUUCAACACCAGAGCUCAGUAACUUCCAGCAAGUCAGUUUAGCUGGCCAAAACUGUUGUCCAAAAGAAACCAUGUAGACGUGACACAGCAAUGGUUACAAAGUGGAAGCAGUACGACUAACAGAGAUAUCAGUACCCUGUUUAGUAAUAGAGUCCACUGCUUCUGCACAUUUACUUUGUGUCCUGAUGUGAUUGAGGACUACGCCAUUGAUACAGAGGUAGCCUAGCUGUGUACCAAUCAUUUUGCUUUAGCAAGGAGUUUUAUAGGCUGGUGAACCUCCACAUUAGAAUGCUGGCUGGAUUCAAUAGAAACUUUCACAAUGAGAGAAAUUGUGGCAAUGUAUUCUACGGCCAAAAUCUGAUGAAUUCAAAAAGAUUAGUUUGGUCAGAUUUUUAAAAUUUGACCUUCUGUUACAUCAGGAAAUCUGCAAAAACUCAGUUAAAGAUUUCACAAUUUGAGUCAUCAUCUAAAACCAGAGAUUGCUCUUCUCAUAAGUAGUGCUACAGGUGAAGAAAUUAGAAAUUUGUAAUGGAAGAGAUGGAAAAGGGAGUUGAUUGAACACUUAGUAACUGAAUGUCACUUAACUGGGUAGAGAGGCUUAUACUACUUCUGACCUGUUUCAAAUAAUGAAUUUCAAUGAAGAAUCUUCAAAUGUACAAGAUGGCUGGCUGUAUGCAAGCACAUUCUGUGAUUUGCAGAAUACAUAGUAAAAUGUAAUCAAAUCAAAAGCAAAAUAUGUGUGCACGCACACACCUUGAGGGAAUUUUGGCAGGAAGAAGGAACCUAACACUGUUGAUCACCAGGCUGUGGAGUUAACAUCCGAACUUUUACUUUCCUCCUCUUCCUCCCAUUGCCUAUAUUGUGCCCCUACUCAUGAUUGUUUCGUAGAUGCAGCACCUGAAAGAAAGGCCGAGAGGGAUGUGGGGAGCACCUUGGACCAUAAGAUAUAGGAGCAUUUAUGCCAUUCAGCCCAUCAAAUCUACUCCAUCAUGGCUGAUCCAAUUCCCUCUCAACCCCAUUUUCCCACUUUCUCCCCAUAACCUUUCAUGCCCUAAUCAAGAAUCUAUCCUUCUCUCCUCCCCCUCCCCCCUCAGAAAUCCUGCUUCAUGUUUGUUUCUAGAAUUACAUCUUUAUAAUGGUGACAGAGUAUCUCACUCCAAAACCUGAAUAGAAAUCAAUGGCACAAUCCUCUGCUAACGUUGAAGAACAUACUAGGCUUGAAUGCACUAUGUUUUUAGGUACAGGCUACAAUUCUUUGGGCUUGGUUGGGGAUGGGAACUCAUUUCCUCAUCUGAAUUUGACAGUUCAGGUUUUCCAAAAUGCUCUUUAAGCAAUGCAAGCUAUUUGUCAUUUUGAUCUGUUGAUUUCAGCCCUGCAGAAAGGAAAUCUUGCAUUUUAUUAAACAAACUUAUUAAUGAGCUUUGGGCGAACCAAUGAUUGUUUGAAUUUAAUUCAUAAAUUGACCUGCUAUUCUGAAAUGAAUACUUUCAUUCUUUUGUUUACCUCUUAACCCUUUUCUUUAAUCCUUGUUCUAUUGUAAAUGGUAAUCCUCAUCUUUAAAGCCUGAAAAUUUGUGCCAUUGCAGUCACAAUUUAACAUCUAUUCUAGUAGAGCACAUUGUGAAUGUGAGGUGGGGGGGGGGGGUGAGGCUGUAAAGAAGAAUCUUAAGUCUUUCAUUAGACUUUCUAAUAUCCUGCAUGUGUACAUUGUCAAAUAACACUAAUUUCAAUGGUACAUUCCACUGUAAUAUAAAUUGUGCUAUAAAUAACUAUUUGAUUA